GAAUCGUGCAGGCGCAAAAGGGGAGAGAAACCAGAGAAGAAAUCUAGAGAGAGAGAGACGAAGAACAGGAGAGAGAGAAUCGGAGGGUUCGGUUUCAGUUGGUGAUGACGAUGGACAGAGAGAAGGAGAGGGAGAUUGAGCUCGAAAGUGCAAUGUACACUAACUGUUUGCUGUUGGGCCUCGAUCCUGCGGUUAUCGGCGUCGGAGCUUCCAACGGCACCCCUCGUGUUGGCCUUUUCCGUCACUCCAAUCCCAAACUCGGCGAACAGCUUCUCUACUUCAUUCUAUCUUCCCUCCGUGGACCAGUUCAAUCUGCUAAAGAUUUCGAUAAGGUUUGGCCUAUCUUUGAUUCCGCGCAAUCGAGGGACUUCCGGAAGGUCGUGCAAGGGAUCAUCAGUGAGCUUGAAUCUCAAGGUGCAUUACCUAGGAGCAAUUCGAGGGUUUCGUCUCUUGCUACGUGCUGUGGACCGAGGUUUGUUGAACUGUUGUGGCAACUUUCCUUGCAUGCUUUGCGGGAGGUUCACAGACGCACGUUUGCUGCUGAUGUUGCAGCUAACCCACUUCCUGCACCUUUGACAGAUGUAGCCUUUUCACAUGCAGCUACAUUACUUCCUGUGACGAAGGCUAGAAUAGCACUUGAAAGAAGAAGGUUUCUGAAAAAUGCUGAAACAGCAGUGCAACGUCAAGCUAUGUGGUCUAAUUUGGCUCAUGAAAUGACUGCCGAGUUUCGUGGCCUUUGUGCUGAAGAGGCUUAUCUGCAGCAAGAGCUAGAAAAACUGCAUGAUUUGAGAAACAAAGUAAAAUUGGAAGGGGAGCUGUGGGACGACCUUGUAUCAAGCUCAAGUCAAAACUCACAUUUAGUUUCAAAGGCAACUCGCUUGUGGGAGUCUAUAUUAGCACGCAAAAGUCAACAUGAAGUUCUUGCUUCGGGACCUAUAGAGGAUUUAAUUGCCCACCGAGAACAUAGGUAUCGCAUUUCUGGAUCAUCUCUGCGUGCCGCUAUGGAUCAGAGCUCUCAGGUUCCUUAUACGGAUGUCCUGUCCAGUCAGUCAAGUGAUUUAGCUUCAGCAUUUGUUGAUGACAAAGAUCAGAAUGACAAGUCAUAUGCUAACUCACAAAUAAGUGAUGAUUCAGUAUCUUGGAUGGAUGAUCGGAGUGGAAAAGUCCAUCCCACUGUUGAUGUAGCUGAAAUCAUAAGGCGUUGGACUCAUGCUUUACAGCGUAUUCAUAAACAGUCACUCCAUCUGGCAAAAGCUAAUGAUGGAGAAGGUCCUGAAAUUCUACGGGGUGCACACGAUGGCGGUACAAGUGGCCAUGCCGAGUCUUUGGCAGCAACUCUUGCUGAACAUCAACAACACCUGGCAAGCUUGCAGGUGCUCAUCAACCAAUUGAAGGAAGUUGCUCCUGGAAUACAGAAAUCAAUAUCAGAGUGUACUGAGAAAGUGAACAAUAUAUCCUUAAGUCAACCUCCAGUGACCAAACAUCCUGUUCGAACCAUGUCACCUAUGCAGGCACAGACUAGUGGACGAACAUCGGUAAGUAGCUCUGAUGAGGUUUCGGAGGCGACUUCAAAAAUGUCGUCCGUUCAACUUGACAAGGUGUCUGCCAGUCCUACUUUAAAGCUCCCACAAUUGUUUAGUUUGACCCCGAACUCUUCUGGAAAAACGGGAAAUAUGCAAAAGCGACACAAUUUGGCAUCUCAAACCAGCCAAAUCGAAAAUUCAUCAGAAAACAAAUCACCUGACCAGCCUUCCUCAAACGAUCAUAUGAAUAACCUGCCACAAGACACGGAGACUUCUUAUGUUCAGAAUUUAAAGAGAUCAGUCAGAGAAGCUGCUCUUUCAAUGAAAUACAACAAUUCAGAACCAUCACAAGAUGGUCAUUCUGAUGGAAGUGUGGAACACUUCUUUGUGCCUCUUUCAGGAACUGGAUUUUCUCGUUUAGGCCCAGAUAGUAAAGGAGCUUCCACGAGGAAUAGAAGGUCGUCUGUUCCUCAAACGGACGUUUCCUUGCCUGAGAGUCCUGCCUAUGAUUUUAAUAAUGGAAUCGAUUUCAAUGAAUUUACUGGUGCAUUGAACGAUCUGGAUUCUCUUAAUGACUUUGAUGAGUUAAAUGGGUUUCUUUCUUCUGCUCGAUCAAAUUAUGCAACUUCCGAUGCUCGGAAAUUAGUUUUUGACAACGAUGAAGCUCAGGAUCAAGUAUUCUCACCACCUUUGCUGAUGGACUCAUCACUUUUUACAGAUUCUUACGAGGAUCUACUUGCUCCACUGUCGGAAACUGAAACAGCAAUGAUGGAACAUUAAGUUGAAAUUUCAGCGACUUUCUAUUCUUCAGUUAGAGACUCUUUGCAUCUCGACACUCUGUUAUACUUGGUGCUUACUUCAGUUCACCUCGUAGCCCCUGCUUCACACAUUGGAUAUGGAUAUCCUUGCUAUUUUUGUGCUAGCCAUGUGCCGAUUGAGUAGCUAUGCUAUAAAUGGAUCACACAGAUCUUCGAGCAUAGCAACGAAUUUAAAGUUUCGCGACUCUUUCGUGGACUGGCCACGAUCGGGACGGUCAUUCAGAUUGGUAUGGUAUUUAAUCUUUUUCUCGGUUGGUUUUCUGUGAUAGUUUUUCAACAGCUUUCAAUCCCCAUCGCCUGGGGUCUAAAGUCAGCUAAAGCUAUUGCAUCAAAGUGGUAUGCUACUCAAACAUUGGGCUAAAAUACAAAAUUCGAUUCGAACCAAAGCUCGGGAUUGGUAAUCUUUUGUAUCUAUUGUUUGAUUUAAACAUUUAACACUGAUUGACAACAAGUUCAUUUAUAUAUUUUCUGAUUUGUAUGUUAACAACUUUGUAGCAUCCUUAGAAAUUACUGUACCUCCGAACUGUCUGUACAUUCUCCUACAGCCAUUGUGUUCCUGAUUUGUUCAUCUUUCAGCUGGGUUGUUCAUUCAAGUGCUUCAGUUUUUGCCUAA